AUAAAGAGACGAAGAGUGGGUUUAGGGUUACAAAUUCACAAUUUCGCGUUACUUUACUUUCCUUUCUUUCUUUCUUCUUCUUCUCCCAUUUUCAAAUUCACUCAGAGAUCCAAAUCCCCAAGCUUGAGCUAUGGUUGACGAAGCAGCAGCAGCAGCAUCAGCAUCUGAAGCUUCGGUCACGGAAGUCGCGCAAACCCUAGAACCAAACCAAGCCUCGAUCGAAGCCACCGUCGAAUCCGCCGCUCAAGGAGGCACUGAAUCGACUUGCAACAACAACAACGCGUCGGCGGAGAGCGCUGUGACAGAUGCCGUAUUAUCCGAAGAGGAGCGUGAGAAGACGCUCGAGUUCGCCGAUGAACUCGCUGAGAAAGGCUCUGUGUUUUUAAAAGAGAUGGAUUUCGCCGAAGCUGUCGAUUGCUUCAGCCGUGCCCUAGAGAUCAGGGUUGGGCACUAUGGUGAGCUUGCUGCUGAGUGUGUAAACGCUUACUACAAGUAUGGAUCAGCUCUGCUGGAGAAGGCUCAGGCUGAAGCGGAUCCACUUGGUAACAUGCCAAAGAAAGAAGGUGAAACUCAGCAGCAGGAGUCUAGCGAUGAUAAGAACACUGCAAACGGUGAUUCUGUUGUGUCGAGUGAUCCGGAGAGACAGGGGAGUUCAAGUGGUGCCCAAGAAGGUUCUGGUGUUCAAGAGCAAGGAGAGGAUGGUGAAGAUAGUCAACAAGAGGAUGACCUAUCUGAUACUGAUGCCGAUGAAGAUGAGUCUGAUUUGGAUAUGGCCUGGAAAAUGCUUGACAUAGCACGGGCUAUUACUGACAAACAGUCAACUGAUACAAUGGAGAAAGUGGAUAUUCUCUGCACCCUUGCUGAAAUCUCACUAGAGAGAGAGGACAUCGAGACUUCCCUGAGUGACUACAAGAACGCACUGUCCAUCCUAGAGCGACUGGUUGAACCCGACAGUCGACGCACAGCCGAACUAAACUUCCUCAUAUGCGUCUGUCUAGAGACAGGAUGCCAGCCUAAGGAAGCUAUACCAUAUUGUCAAAAGGCUCUGUUAAUCUGCAAAGCUAGGACGGAGAGGCUCACUAAUGAGGUCAAGGGUCCAUCUAUUUCAGCAACUUCCUCAACUGUCUCUGAGAUAGAGGAGGGAAUCCAACAAUCAUCCAAUGUUCCAUACAUUGAUAAGUCUUCUUCAGACAAAGAAGCUGAGAUCCGAGUCUUAUCUGGUCUCGCGGAAGACCUAGAAAAGAAGCUUGAAGAGUUGAAACAACAGGCAGAGAACCCAAAGCAACGUCUUGCUGAGCUAAUGGGCAUGGCAUCAGCUAAGCCAAAUACCGGGGACAAGGUUGUUCCUGCUGUUGCUGGUGAAAUGAGCUCUUCUCGGAUGGGAACUGCAAACAACGGGAAAGACUUGGAGUCGCCUACAGUCUCCACUGCUCACACUGGUGCAGUAGGAGGAGCAGCAGGUUCUUCAUCAGGUGUUACUCAUUUGGGUGUCGUUGGAAGAGGAGUGAAACGUGUUUUAACGAAUGCAACCUCAGCAGAGUCAAGUCCAUCGAAGAAGCUAGCUCCUGAGUCUUCUAACAAAGCAGAUGGCAAUUCUUCUUGAAGGUGAAAAAGAUGUGGAAAUGUCUAUUACUAAGUUUUAAAACUGAGAUAUAUGUUUGGUGUACGCUACUCAUUGUCCUUCAAGACUAGAGAUUUUCAAGUUAUUGUAGUUGUGUCCGUGUUGAGACUUGGAAGCAUUUCUUGAUUGCUAAUUAUUCUAGUUAAUCAGUCUCUUACUU